AGGAUGGAAGGGAAUACUCAAGAUGCGAUUUGGCACGUGGAUACCAUUAUUCAGGAAAGUUGCUGCUGCCAGAUAUAUGGGUGGGAUAUUCCUUAGAGGAUUCAGGAAAGCUCCAGAGGUGUACAGGAGCUGAUAAGGAGAGAUAUUCCAUGACACCUUCCAAGUUCCCUGACCCGGCCAUUGCAGACAAUGACAAUCGAAGCUGAACUGGUCCCCUUGCCAACAUUGGAGAAACCACCUCGCACAGAAUUCGGCUCUACCGAGAAGAGUUAUCCGCCCUCCGAUAAGGACGACGCACAAGUUGCAGAUGGAGAGUCGGAAGCUGCUUUGGAUGAAGUCAUACAAGAUGCAGAGGAAGUCGCACUCAAGGUAAUUUCUCUGCAAGACGACCCCACUGCUUCAGCUGUCACUGUGCGAUCUGUAUUCCUCGGAAUUGGAUUGAGCGCUUUCUCUUCAGUGCUGGGAACUAUUUACACUUUCAAGCCCCAGAACGCAACCGUAUCCCAGCUUUUUUGUCUCAUCAUAGCGUAUGUUCUUGGAACUGCAAUGGCCUCUAUCCCUUCUCAUGGCUAUUGGCGCAUUCUCAAUCCGGGUCCAUUCAAUAUCAAAGAACAUACUGCGAUUGUGAUUAUGGCUUCCACAGCUGCUAACGUUUCCCUUGCGAUGGAAGUCAUUGCUGCGAUGAACCUCUUUUAUGACAUUCGUCUUAAUACUGCUGUUGCGAUUUUCCAAAUUUUUGCCACCCAGAUGCUUGGUUACGGGUUCGCUGGAAUAUUGAGAACACUUCUGGUCUACCCAACCUAUACCUUCUACCCUUCGUACAUAUCCGUCGUGAACCUGCUUCAAAGUUUGCAUUUUAGUGGAGCGUUGAAUGCCAAGCGACGAAAGUUUUUCUGGAUGGCGUUUGCAGCGAUAUUCUUUUGGGAAUGGAUACCCCAAUACCCAUUUCCUCUGCUCACUGCUAUCUCUAUCAUUUGCCUCGCUGAUAAUGGCCGGCAUGCUUUUGUACGGAAUCUAUUUGGCGCUGGUUCCAGUAACGAGGGGAUUGGACUCUUCUCUUUCAGUCUUUCAUGGACUCUCAUCACCCAAGGAUUUCCCCUCGUUUGGCCCUUGCAGACCCAGGUCAACUCUUUCAUUGGGAUGGCUCUAAGCUAUAUCAUCCUUACUUCGUGCUACUACUCCAAUGUGUUCAAUGGGCGCGAUCUCAUCUGGAUGUCUACAUCACUGUUCGGGACUAAUGAAACUGUUGGACUGCCACGAUACACCACCACAUAUGCAAUCGCGCAGCUUAGCUACAACUUGUCCCUCGGUGCUGCUGUAACGACGAUGCUUCUGUGGCACUGGCCCAAGCUUAGCAAAGCAUUCGGCAAAAUGCAGAUUUUAAAGAGUGGUCCUGCAGAUGUGGACGACCCUCACUAUCAAGAGAUGCUGAAAUACGCUGAGGUUCCGCAAUGGGCCUAUGGUGCUCUACUUCUCGCCUCUCUUGCCGUAUGCAUCGGUACCAGCUAUGCAGCUCCCACUGUCCUUAUCCCUGCAUGGAGCAUAAUCUUCUUUACUGUCUUCGCAUUCAUCAUGUCGGUCAUCCUGGGCUUCAUCGCCGCGACCACUGGUUUCAACAUAUCUAUCCAGUAUGCCGUGCAAAUCAUUGCUGCCUUCCUCCUGGACAACCUAUUCCUGUUAUACCUUAAACUCGGGCAGUACACCAAGAUUCCUCCAAGAGUAACAUUUGCGGCCCAGAUGCUGGGUUCCAUCAUUGGAUCCAUCUGCAACUAUACAAUGAUGAUAACAAUUGUCAAUGCCAAUCGAGAGGUGCUUAAAGAUCCUACGGGCACUCGUAUAUGGAGCGGUUGGAUCAUACAAUCGACCAACUCUGCCUCUGUAGCGAUGGGCGCGCUAGGCAAGGAACUCUUCACAUUUGGUAAACCGUCAGGUUAUUGGAUUAUUCCCUUUGCAAUGUUCAUUGGAAUUUUUAUUCCCUUCCCUUUCUGGAUUGUAUACAAGUACACAAAACAGGGUAGCUGGAUCAACCGUACCAUGAAGUAUCUCAACUUCCCCAUUAUUUUGCUGUAUAUGGGAUGGUUGCCUUUCUCUGUCAAUGGCCAAUGGUGGUCUUGUGUCAUCAUUGGAUUUGCUUCUCAGUGGUGGAUUAGAACCCGUCGACCACGGUGGUUCGUCAAGUACAACUAUCUCUUGUCGGCGGCGCUCGACGGGGGGAGUCAGAUUAUUCUAUUCAUCCUCAGUUUCGCAGUGUUUGGAGCCGGUGGCAACAGUAUCGCAUUCCCGUUCUGGUGGGGUAACCCAGAGAAUCUGUCCGUAGAUCGUUGUAUGCUUGCAAACUAAGCAUGAUAUCCAACAAUAUUGAUUGUAUGAAGUUAUGAUUCGAGUAUUAAUGAGAAUCCAGGUUCGAAAUUGCAGACGCGAAACUCACGAAAUGAAAUGGACGCGUUCUUCA